AUGUCCUACUCGACCUAUCUUCCAAACAACUAUCAUGAUGAAACCAAAAUAUACAUCAAUGGCGUGGAGCUUCUGAAUCGUCACGAACUCUCCUCAACACAAGAUCGUGAACUUCAACGAUUUAUUGACAACAAUGCGCAUAUUUUGCAAGUUCAAGAACGAGAGAUGCCGCCACCACCACCACCCCGUAAAACUCCAUCUCACAAGUACGAAGAAAUGAGAAGAAGUUUGAGCCGUGGCCCAUCUGGAACAUUGGAGCGAUACAGUUCGAUGGACAAGCUUUUCGGAUCUCAAAACAAAAAUAAGAAUGUGGAAAUUGAGCAAGGAAUCAAUCCCAGAGAUCUACCAGUUUGUCCAAAUAUUGAAGGACAUAACUACACCGCCGAGUUUCCCGGUUUGGAGUAUUUGUCUGAUAACAGAUUCAUCGAAGAUCUCAUCAAAGACGGACAAGUCUCAAUUGGAUCCACUGGAAUGAUCAGUCAACCCGGUUCUCGUGUCGGCUCCGCAAUGAGCAAUCCAUAUUCCCAACCACAAUCGGCGACAUCAACUCUCAACCGUCAAUCUUAUUCUCAAUCUAACGCCGUUCCUCAUCAAAUGCCACAGUAUCAGCAGUAUCAUCGCCACGCGUCACCGCCCGCACCACCACCGCAGCAAAACAACAACACCAAUUAUUACACCGAGAAUACGACAACCACCACCACCUAUCAGCCAACCAGUGUAACCUAUGGAAGUUCAAACGGAACGAGCCAGUAUGGAAGCCAAAGCCAAUAUGGUACCCAGAGUCAGUAUGGAACUGCAAGCCAGUAUGGAGGAAGUCAGAGUCACUAUGGAAGUCUGAGCAAUGUGGGAACUGGUAGCACGUAUGGAACAUUGAAAGGAGGAAUGAAACAUACGUCGACACUUCCACCAACCAGUCCGUACAGUAGUUUGAAGAGAAAAGGAGUGAGUUGGCUGGAUCAGGAACGCGCCCGUUCAUUGUCUCCAGGUUUACACCAAUCCACCUCGACUACCCGCCAAGUUCAUCAGCAGUACAAUCGCCCCGCCUCCACAAUUCACACUACAACUUAUACAACGACUUAUUAA